CCGGGCAAACAUGGCGGAGAACAAGCAAAGUGCAGAAGUUGUCGUGUCCGAUGUGCACAAGAAGAUCAGAGCAGCAUUUGAAGUGUUUGACUAUGAGUUAAACAACACAGUGGACGCCCGGGAGAUUAGCACCAUCAUCUGUUCCCUGGGCUGCUUCCCCUCUCAGGCAGACAUACAUGACUUCAUAGCUGAGGUUGAAGAGGACCAAACAGGAUACGUCCAUUUGGACAAAUUCCUUCCAGCCAUGACCAAAGUGCUGCUGGAGAACAAGUUCCCUCCCAUCCCUGAGGACCGUGUGCUUCAGGCCUUUGAGGUUCUGGACAAAGACAAUAAAGGAUACCUGGAGGCUGAGGAGCUCACAAAGUACCUGACACAGGAAGGGGAGGUCUUCAAUCAGAAGGAGAUGGAUGAGAUGCUGUUUGCAUUCUCCGACCCUGAGAAGAACGUCAUCCAUUACAAAGACCUGAUCUGCCAGCUGACCUUUGACACUGGCCAGUAGACAGUGUCAAGGUUUUAUCUGAGAGAGAUCUCAGGCACCAUAGUAUGAAUAGGACUUUUUGUUUACAGAGGUUUUUUUUUAUAUAAUUCAGUCCUAAUCCUAAAAACAUUGGCAGAUUGGGGAAAAUGUACCAUGGCAACAAUAAAUGAAUAAUCUAA